CAGAGGCUUCACCUACAGUUUCACUGGAAUCAUUUAAGGAGAGAGUAGUAGAGUAGGCCUGGCACACAACAUGGAACCCCUCUUGCUGUCCGAGGAGGCCCUCAAGUGCCCCCUGUGCUGCGAGGUUUUCCGCUACCCGGUGACCCUCCAGUGUGGCCACAGCGCCUGCAAGGCCUGCCUGCAAAGAUUCUGGGACAGGAAGGGUGCGCUCGAGUGCCCCAUAUGUCGCCGCUUGGAGGUCACGACGCGUCCGCCCAUCAACCUGACUCUGAAGAUAGCCGCCGACAGAUUUCAGCAGCAGCAGCAACAGAGUGGCACAGCGUCUGAGGAGGUUGGAGAGCUGUGCAGCACUCACAAUGAGAAACUCAAACUGUUCUGCCAGAGGGAUGAGCUGCCCAUCUGCCUGAUCUGUCAUGUGUCAAAGGAGCACAAGAGCCACGAAUGCUGCUCCAUAACAGAUGCAGUCAAAGACCGAAAGGCUGGAAUCUCUCCUAGAUACACCUCACUUUCAAAUCACCUGAGAAUGCUCGAGAGUGUGAGGGACAACUGGAGAGAGAUAGAGGAGUACAUUAAGACUCAAGCUGAUGAGACAGAGACCUUGAUAAGAGACGAGUUUCAGAAACUGCAUGAUUUUCUGUGGGAGGAAGAGGCGUCUCGACUGAGUGCACUGAGACAGGAAGAAGAGCUGAGGGGCAAGAGGGUGAGAAGCAAGCUGGAGGACAUCUCAACACAGGUGGAGGCGCUGUCUGCAAUCAUCAGAGACGCAGAGACAGCCAUGAAUGGCAGUGACAUUCAGUUCCUAAAAGAUUAUAAGAAGACAAUAAGCAGGCUGCGCUACACCAAACAGGAACCAGAGGUCCUGACUGAGGCGCUCAUCGACACCUCACAAUUCCUGGGCUCCCUGAAGUAUAGUGUCUGGAAGAAAAUGGCUGACAUCGUCUACCACUGUCCUUUGUAUUUCGAUCCAAACACAGCACAGGCCAACCUCAUCCUCUCCGAUGAACUAACCACCGUGCAUUAUGGGAAAAAGAGGCCAGUGCCUAGCAACCACGAGCGUUGUAGCAGCCGCAUGGCAGUGCUGGCCGUGGCAGGCUUCACAUCGGGGAAACAUUCCUGGGAUGUGGACGUAGGAGAUGGAAACGACUGGUACAUCGGGGUGGCUCGGGAGUCUGUUGACAGAAAGCAUGCUGUGUUUUUGCACCCGUCAGAGGGAUUCUGGGUGAUAGGUUUGUGUAACAGUGACAACUACUGGGCACAGACAUCCCCCCGCACACGUCUGGUCAUACGAUCAAAGCCAAGGAGGAUCACGGUGGAGUUGGACUAUGAGAAGGGCAAAGUGACAUUUCUGAACGCAGCGGAGGGUUCGGUCAUGUACACGUUCAAGGAAAAGUUUGCAGAGAGGAUUUUUCCAUUCUUCUCUCCAGGGAUUCAUGAUAACGGCCAAUGUAACCCGAGCCCCCUUAAAAUAUGCCAUCUCAAAUCUUCAAUUCUGUUCUACUGAUGGGCAAAUUGAAAAUCUCAAGUAACACUUUUCACCACUUUCACCUCACCCCACAGUUUCCUUGUCAUCUAUACGUCACACAUUUCCUAAACUAUGUUAAACGGGUAUCGGGUUACAAAUUGAUUUUGUCCUAAGAGGUUUCCCAAACGUGUCGCCACAGAAUCACAGACAUGAUCAUUGCUGUCUUUGGGGUCAGAGGGUCAGAUCACUAGUCUACAUCAUCCCACAAGACAUGCCAUUGUAUUUGCUUCACUUUUAGCUAGACUUAAGCGG